AUGCCGCGUGGAAGUCAAAGCUGGGCCCCUCAGAUGAGGGCUGCUCCCAGAAGAGCACCUGCAGCUCAGCCUCCAGCAGCAGUUGCAACAUCUGCAGUUGGCUCACCUGCCGCUGAGCCCCGGCAGCCCGGCCUGAUGGCCCACCUGGCUACCACUGCGGCCGGUGUGGCUGUGGCCUCUGCAGUGGGGCACACCCAGGGUCACGCCAUCACUGGGGGCUUCAGCAGAGGCUGUAAUGCUCAGCCUGCAAAGCCCGACAUCACUUACCAGGAGCCUCAGGGAGCCCAGCUGCAGAACCAGCAGUCUUUUGGACCUUGCUCUCUAGAGAUCAAGCAGUUUCUGGAGUGUGCUCAGAACCAGAGCGAUGCCAAGCUCUGUGAGGGCUUCAAAGAGGUGCUGCGGCAGCGCAGGGCUGCAAAUGGUUUCAUCUAA